CCAAUCUACCAUGGCCUCCAUGAUAUAACUAGCCUCGUCUCUUUCUAUUCGCCUCACUCUUUUCACCCGUCCUUUUCAAUCCCAAACGUUUACACCGCUUAUUCAUCCAAUUCUCUCUUCACAUUGCCUAGCUGGUUUUAAAAACUGCGAUAAGCGAGAGCGAGAGAGAUAUCAUCUGACCAAGAGGUCUCGUACAAAUGGCGGAUCAGUUAUCGAGCUCAGUAGCUUUCGGGCUGAAGCUGUCGAAGCGCAUCUACUACGGAAGGCAAGUGUCGGCGCCCAAGGCUUCCGUGAUGGAGAAGUCAUCGUCGGACACGUGGCUGCCCAGGGGGCCCAUGGUUUACGCGGAGAUCAAGGAGCCAGGCGUAGUGGACAACCCGGAUAUUCCGACGUACCAGCCGUACGUGUACGGACUGUGUGAGCCGCCGGCGUUAAUACCGUUACACAUGCAUGGGGUGGAGAUGGAGGUGGAUUGUUAUUUGGACACUGCGUUUGUUAGUGUGAGUGGAAGCUGGCGAGUUCAUUGUGUGCUUGCUAAUAAAACGUGUGAUUGUCGCAUUGCGAUCCCCAUGGGCGAACAGGGUUCAGUUCUAGGUGUUGAAGUCAGUACGACUAGAAGUUCAUUCUAUACCCAAUUGAUUGCUACCAGAGAUACGUGUGAUACAGAAAACAAGGAUAAUGCAAAGGAUGGUUGCCUGCUCAAACGCCAAAUAUACACAUUCAAAGUUUCUCAGGUUGAAGGCGGGUCCAAUCUCCAUGUCAAAGUCAGAUGGUCUCAGAAAAUGGUGUAUCAAGAUGGUCAAUUCUGCCUCUCUGUUCCGUUUAGUUUUCCGACAUAUGUAAUACCUGUAGCUAGUAAUAUCAAUAAAACAGAAAAAAUUCAGCUGAAUCUGAAGGCUGGUAUUGGGACACAGGUCCUGUGCAAAACCACUAGUCAUCCGUUUAAGGAAAUAAGACGCGGAGCAGGGGAGCUGCUCCUCUUAUAUGAGGCUGAAGUUGUGUCAUUUUCCAGCACUGACUUCUUUUUUUCUUAUUCUGUUUGUUCGAGUGAUAUAUCUGCUGGUCUCCUAUUGCGUGCUCCAUCUCCUCAUGAUCAUGACCAGAGAGAGAUGUUCUGCUUUACCCUAUUCCCAGGGAGUGACCUUUGUAGAAAGGUUUUCAGAAAGGUCAUAAUCUUUGUUGUGGAUAUAAGUGGAAGCAUGCAGGGAGGCGCCAUCGAGUCUGCAAAAACUGCACUACUAGAAGCCAUUUCAAACCUCUCCCAGACGGAUUCUUUUAACAUUAUUGCCUUCAAUGAGAUUAGCGCAGCGUUCUCACCGUCCAUAGAACUUGCAUCAAAUGAGACAAUCGAAAAAGCUGCAGAAUGGAUCAGUACAAAUUUAAUUGCAAAAGGUGGCACAAACAUCGUGUCACCUCUAAAUCAGGCAAUAGAAAUGGUUGCGGAAACUGGUGAUUCAGUUCCUUUAAUUUUUCUCAUCACGGACGGGGCCGUUGAAAAUGAACGUGACAUUUGCAACAACAUUAAAAAACUCUUCUUAGACUGGGGUCCCGAUUCUCCUCGUAUAUGCACAUUUGGGAUAGGUUCAUACUGUAAUCAUUUCUUCCUACAAAUGCUUGCGCAAAUUGGAAGAGGUUAUUAUGAUGCUGCAUAUGAUAUUGAUUCCAUCACCUUCCGAAUGCAAAGGCUAUUUGACAGCAGUUCAUCUCUCAUUCUUACAAAUAUCAAAAUUGAUGCCCUGGAACACAUUGAUAAAUUAGAGAUGUACCCAUCUCGUAUUCCAGACCUUUCUGCCGGCUGUCCAGUGAUCGUAUCAGGCAGAUAUUCUGGGAAAUUCCCUGAUACGCUUAAAGCUAGUGGCACCUUGUCAGAUUUGAGUAGGUUUGUGGUAGAUGUGAAAGCACAAAAUGCAAAGGACAUUCCUCUAGACAGGGUACUUGCAAGAAGGCAUAUUGAUACACUCACAUGUCAUGCUUGGUUGUCUGGAAGCAAACCACUAGAGGAGAAGGUUGCAAAGAUGAGUAUUCAGACAGGAAUUCCAUCAGAGUAUACCAGCUUGAUUUUAGUCCAGACUGAUAAAGGAAAGCAAUCGUCUGGCCCAGUUCUAGUACAAGAGAUGAUGGGGAUGAAUGGCAGGAAAGUAAUAUUUCUCAGGAACACGGGUAUCGGUUUUGGUGACUUAAUGGCUACAUCUGAGAAUCUUCCUCUUGGCAGUGGAGAACCAAAGUUGCACGUAUCUAAAGAUUUUAUGAUGAAGGCGGCGACGAAUUUUUGUGGGAGUCUAAUGGAUCGAUGCUGUUGCAUGUGCUUCAUUCAGGCCUGUUCACAAGUAAAUGAUAAAUGUGCUGUGGCAUUUACCCAACUUUGUACUGCCCUCGCAUGUUUCCAAUGCCUCAGCUGCUGUUGCGAGAUCUGUGAUUCAUGUGACCAAUGCUGCGGUUAGUGUAGAUAUAACAAUCCUGAUAACAGCCUAGCCUAACAGGCUUUGUAUGUGUACAUUCUGAUCUCGAACAACUAUGUCAUACUUGAACUUCUGAUGCGAAUAAGGUGAAUCUGAUCUCACAUUUCGAAGACCUUUCUCUACUUUAAAGGAUUCAAUUAUAUUCGGUUUUAUUGA